GCAAGUGUAUAGUUGACUGGUAAACAGUUAACCAGAAUUUAAAGUUUGCAAGGAUCCAAAGCCGAUGCUUAAGAUCCAAUAGUCACGAAAAACCUUUCCUCCGCCUCGCAAGAUAGUUCUUGACAUCAUGGAGCGAUCAGGUGCUUAGGGUAUUUGUCAGGAAGUGCUUCCUUUCGGUAUCCAUCCUUCUUAUGGUCUUUCUCCUUAAGUACUGUAGUCGAGGCACGCGUCGAGCUGGGAAAUGAUUGGCAGAUUCUAAGUUGCGAGUAGUUGCCAGGAACUCGAAGCUAUGGCGAAGUCGGAAUCUACAAUGCACUUGUUUACGAAGGAAGGCUAUCCCGUGAGAUAUGAUACCAAGUGGGGAGAUAUGCACGAAGAAUCAAAGAAUGUACUAAUUGCGGUGCAGGAAAGAAUGACACAAUAUCGGGAAGAAAGUGAGAAAUUAGAACAGAGCGUGGAUCUUUACAAAUCAAAAGUUUACGAGGAGAACUUUGAGGACAGAGCAACGCAUCUACGUCAUGAACUUGACGAAAUCAAUGCUGCGGUCAAAAGAAAUCAAGCUUCACUAGAAGCACUUCAGACCACGAAGACCAUCUUGCGGAAUACGGAGACAGCUGUGUUUUGUUUCAAAAGGCUGGCUAUUAGAGUUUCGGAAGCACUCAAAUUACGACAAAAUGAGGGUUUAUCUCCUCACAUUCCAGAAGUGGAGAAUCUUGACUUUUACAGCGGGUUGCCCAACAAACCCUCUCAAUACUUACAAGAAACCGUCAGUCGUUUUGAGAAACAGCUGGCAGCCUAUCGUGAUCAUGUAAAAGAACUGGAGAUCCUUUUCGCUGAUCAUGAAGUCACUGGGGACAAUUUGCAGGGUCCGGUCUCAUAUGUCGACAGUCUUUAUAUGACUAUUCAAAAUGCCCAUCAGUUUCUCAUGCACGUGGCUGCAAAGGUGGAGUUCUUGCAUCAGAAAGUCGAUCGCAUGAGGCAAAUACAUCUUGAAAAUCUUCGCCAUAAAGGGCUUAACAGGAACCCGUUUCUCGAGGCUGAUCGACGGGAAGAUAUACAGCGUGAGAUUGAAGCACGAAGAAUGCACCCUACUUCUGAUACGCAUCUCACACCUCGAGCCCAACCGUUUGGAAGUUCAACGCAAAAUCCACUUCUUGUCCGUCAUCUGUCACAGCAAAGUCAACUUAAUUAUGGUUUAGUUGGACAUCAGAUGGUUGCUCCAACAGCAAUGUUCCAAUCAGACGGCAAUAUGUUGAGCUCAGCUCCACUUGAAGGGUCGAUUUCACUUCCCCAUGAUCAAUUACAACAUUUCGCCGCGGGAGCUCAGGAUCCUCCUCCAGUAUUGAAAAGAACGAAACCACGAAGUUACAGGAAGAAAACUUAGUACAAACUUGAGAUCUAUUUAUUAGUAUUUUGCCACAGGUAUUGUUCUUUAGCAUCUUUGCAUGACUACUUGAUGCAUAAACGCAUGGAUGCAGCAACUCCUGCGGGAACAAUAUAUACAUUUAAUCACAUGAGUUUUUACUUUUCUGGUCAUUCUGCCGUGCUUCUGUUUUCCAUAUUCAAAUCGUUGAAAACGGUGCGCACAUCGUGAAGUAUCGUUGAAUUCGUGGUGAAUCAUCGAGAAGAAAAAUCAAUCAUGAUUGGAGAGAUUGUAUCAUCCCAACUCUGGAAUAUAUAACAAUAUCUCAAAAUGUAAAACAUCG